AUGAGAGCGAACGCAAUGAGGAGGGAGAAGUUUUGUAUGUCAGCCAAGGGUAAAUAUGGCAAAGAGGAGAGAGAAAAGACCGAGAAGCCUGAAUUGGUGUCCUUCGCCUUUGCCGGUGAGAGGAACAGAGCUAAUUACCUGAAAUUUCUCUUGCUUUUUGGUGCUCAAACCGUUUCCGGUCAUCGGAUCUUCCCCGAAUCCAUGACAACAUCAAGACGUCUUGCAGAUAGGAAGGUGGAGAGGUUUGACAAGAACAUUACCAAGCGAGGAUUCGUGCCCGAAACGUCUACCAAAAAGGGGAAUAACUACCCUGUUGGCCCUGUUUUGCUUGGGUUCUUCGUUUUUGUUGUCAUCGGAUCAUCUCUAUUUCAGAUAAUCAGGACAGCAACUAGUGGAGGCAUGGCUUAA